AUCAGACGCACUCGCAGUGGUCCUUUUGAGGUCCUUCGAAUGUGUGGCGCGGGACCUCUGCACACUUUUGGCAUGUUGAUAUGGAUUUUACUGAAGUGAUGCUGAACUGAAACAAGAAUGAUAAAAAUGUUUUCGCCGAAACAAAAUUGUUGGUUUAUAAGAAAGGUGGUGAUGUGGAGGGCAGUGGCGAGCAUUGCAUGGUCAGUGCUUCUCUUGCCCGUGACCACUGCAGUAUUUGUGCUCUUGAGUAGAUUCAGAUUGUUUCACCCCAUCCAGUGGAUUUCAGAAUGCAUACAUCUUCUUACGGCCUCAAGCACCAUCUUUUCCCUUGUGCUGCUAUGUGGAGUAGUUCUGAUCACUGGCCUUUUCAACCUGGAGUUUUACACUUUGGUUCCCUCCAUUCCUUGUUCACGCAUGGCUCUCCUGGGGACGGUGCUUCACCCACGACAAUGUGUCCAUUCUUUGGUCUACUGCAGCAUGGGCAUGCUGAUGAUGUGGUGUGCUUCUGUUACAAUCGGUGGACGUUACAGCACUCUGGGAAUUCCCUGCAGGCAAAGUGAGAGUGGUGAAGUAGUGGCCUGUCUGAAUGAGUAUCAUCUCUUUCUUCUCCUGGCUGGGGCCUUCAUGGGAUACAGUCAUAGUUUCUUGGGAGUGGUUCAAAAUAUGUACUAUGUGUCCUUUCAACCCAUACAACAAUACAAAUAUCCACGGUUCAAGGGCUGUCUGUCAAUGGUGGUUAAGUGCAGUGUUAUUCAGUCCUUGUAUUCAGCCAGGAAUUUUGCUGCUCUCUAUUUCUUUUUUGGGUAUGUUCCUAAGACCUGGAUCUCCAGCACACUUCAUCUGCAGAUAGACAGUUCUGUCCAACCACUGGAUGCACUGACUGGACUUCUAGAUUUCUCCCUCCUUUAUCACCUGUCGAUCAGUGGCUCUUUCCUGUAUUUCACCUGGUAUCUCACUGUGCUUCUCUUCAGGAUUUAUGUCACAGAGGCCUACAGUUUUCCGGUGCAGUCCACAUUUACUGAGGAUGCAGCGCAAUGUCUUCCCAAAGUUUUGCCCGGGACGAACAGUUUAGUCAUGAAGUUCUUGGCUCUGCAAGACCUGGCUCUGUUAUCACAACAUUCUCUCUCACGCAGACUAGAAGUCUUCAGUCUGAGUCAGCCAGGUGGUCACCCUCAUAACUGGAAUGCCAUCAGUGGGGAAUGUCUGUCUUUGCUGAGUGAGCUGACACAGAGACUGGUGGCUCAUCAGGAUGCGGUUGCCUCUAAUGGCCGAGUCAAGUCUCAGUCUGCCAGCAGUGACACCAGAUCAGCUUCUUCAAGCAGCUCAGUGGUGUCAGGAACCGAGGAUAUUGCUGAGAGCCCUCGACUCAGUGUCCCGCUAAGGACCCCUGGUUCAGUCUUCAGGUCAUCGGUGGGGGUUUGGCACAGUGCUUUGACUGCUCCUUUCACCCCAGAUCUGGACAGCCCUUUCUCUUCCCCUGCUAUCAGACGUCUGGUUGGCCAACAGGAACCCCGGUCACCCUGGUUCGGUACAGUACAAAGCCCCCAUGUCAUGAGGAGAGGGCCCAAACUGUGGAGUGCCUCCACAGAGUCACAAUCCAAUAGCAGUCCUCCUGCCUCCCCUGCCACUGUUCCUAGUUCUCCUGCAGCCGAUCAGAAACCCAGUUUCCUGGCCCAGUGGCUGCAGAACAGGAGAGAGCAGGUUAAAAGCUUUUUGGCAAAGCGGGUGCUGAUAGUGUUUUUAUUUAACAAGCUUCCAGAAGCCUCUAGCCAAGCUCUGUUUGCUGACAGCCAGGCUCAUAUCUGGGCUCUCCAAGGACUAUCUCAUCUGGUGGCUGCCUCUUUCUCUGAGGAUCAGUUUGGAGUUGUGCAGACAACAUUACCCAGUAUCCUUAGCUGCUUGGUGGUCUUGCUAGAGGCUGUUGACAGACACUUUAAACUGCCACAUGCCUCCAGCAAACCUGGGAGGACUAUCUGCAGUAUGGGUGACUCCACAUACAAAACUCUAAGGUUUGCACUGAGGGCGGCGCUGAAGACCGCCAUCUACAAGAUAACUACAUCUUUUGGAGAGCACUUGAAUGCUGUGAAUAUUUCAACAGAACAUAGAAAAAGGCUUCAGCAGUUCUUGGAAUUUAAGGAAUAGUGCAACACACAAGCUCUUCUCAAUAGCUUUGGAUAUGUGUGUGUCAGGAGGAGACGAAAGAGACAAUAUGCUUCUUCAGAAGGUCUGAUUUGGAGGUUCAGCACUGUCACUCAAGGCCUUACUUUACAGCCAAGUGCUGCACUUUAUGUCCCAUUGAAAUCCCAGUCACAUUCUAAGUAACAUUUACAUGUUCCUUAUAAAUAACAGUCAUUCUCAUAAACUGGGAAUUUUGUUUGUAUGUGCCUGCGAACUACAAUGUGAUUAGACUUCAAAAUCAUGAUGGGACUUAAGUAAAUGUUUAAGGCAUUGUUACACUUCAUUUUCAGUAUAUUUAAUUUGUAUUAUGCUCCCAUAUUACAAAAAUGGGGGUCCAACGUUUGCAUCUUGCGUCAUUUAAUUGUUCACGUAUGUGAUGUUUUAUAGCACUCUGAUUGGAUGGUAAUUUUUCAACGAUCUUUGCUUCCACGUCAAUCCAUUCAUUAUUCUGAUUACCAUAAACAUGUUUUGCCAAAAGAGAAUCGAUUUUGUUUAAUGUCAAAUAUUACACAUUUUGAAAUCUUCAUAUAAUUAAAUAAACUUUUUUUCUAAAAUGUUA